AGCUGUUGCUUCUUGCAGUCCCGAAGAUAUGACUCCAGAACUACCACCUUCUCUCUGGAAGGCCGCCUGUACCAGGUGGAAUAUGCAAUGGAAGCCAUUGGACAUGCAGGCACUUGCUUGGGAAUUCUAGCAAAUGAUGGGGUGUUGCUGGCAGCAGAGAGACGCAACAUCCACAAGCUUCUGGAUGAAGUGUUUUUCUCAGAGAAGAUAUACAAACUGAAUGAAGAUAUGGCCUGCAGCGUGGCAGGAAUCACUUCAGAUGCCAAUGUGCUGACAAAUGAGCUGAGGCUGAUUGCACAGAGGUAUUUGUUACAGUAUCAAGAGCCCAUUCCUUGUGAACAACUGGUAACAGCACUGUGUGAUAUCAAGCAGGCUUAUACACAGUUUGGAGGAAAACGUCCUUUUGGUGUUUCGUUGCUGUAUAUUGGCUGGGAUAAGCAUUAUGGAUUUCAGCUGUAUCAGAGUGAUCCUAGUGGAAAUUAUGGAGGCUGGAAAGCUACGUGCAUUGGGAAUAACAGUGCUGCAGCUGUGUCCAUGCUAAAGCAAGACUACAAAGAAGGAGAAAUGACCUUGAAGACUGCACUUGCCUUAGCCAUUAAGGUUCUCAACAAAACCAUGGAUGUGAGCAAACUCUCUGCAGAGAAAGUUGAAAUUGCAACACUGACCAGAGAGAAUGGCAAGACAGUAAUAAGGGUUCUGAAGCAAAAGGAGGUGGAACAGUUGAUAAAGCAACAUGAGGAGGAAGAAGCAAAAGCUGAACGUGAAAAGAAGGAAAAAGAACAAAAAGAAAAGGAUAAAUAGAAUAUUAAAUCAAGUGUUCCGGAGGUGAUAUAGGACCUGCUUCAGUAAAAGAUAACCUGGAUUUCUUUUGUGUAGAAGCCUCUGAAUACACCAUGGAGGACCUAGAAUUACUUUUGAUGAACCAGGUCCUUAAUCAUCAUUCAGAAAAUUAAUUUACUGCUCCUUACAUUGACCAGUAAUUGCUUUAAUUCUUGAAC